AUGGCCUUUUUGAAAUCCAACAUUCAUGAUGGUGAGGAGGAGGAAGAUUUUAGCGUUGUUAUUAAACAACUCAACGCCGCCAGCUGCGGCGGCGACAACCGCGCCCGGACUUGGAGUUGGAGAAUCCUUUUUCAAAUAUUCGCGACCGUCGUAAUCAGUCUCCUCUUCCCGAUCUCCUUCCUCCUCCUUGCCAGACUCUCCGCCGCCGGCUAUCUUUCCUCCGUCGACGAUUCCGGCCACCAUUUUCAGUUUCCGUCUGUUUUAGCAAACUUUCUCUUCAUAUACAACGGCAAGUCCAUCAUUCUCUGCACCCUCGUUGCCGCCGUUACCGUCGCAGCAUUCAUCCACGGCUUGACCGCCACCUGGUCCCCGACUCCGGAACAACCGGUUUCCGGCGGCCGCCACCCCGCUGCUAAGAUAUACAGUGCAUGGUUUAUCAUUUUCAUGUUCCAGGUAUACGUCGGAGUUGGCAUCGGAUGGAGCAUAUUCGCCGGAGUUAAUGCCUCCCUUAUCGCGGAGUUGAGCACUAACGACAUCUCUGUUAUCAUUGCCAGAACAUUGCUGUUCGUGGGCCUACAUGAAACCAUGUCGUUUUGGUCAAAGUACGUUGUCAAACUUGUCGUGGAAGACACUGUCGGCGGAGGAGGAGGUGGUGGUGGUAGCCCGGCGGCGGAGAGGGUUAGUUUGGCUUUGAGCUUUGGGGUACUUUGGUGGUUCAGAUUGAGGGACGAGGUGGAUGCCUUAAUAUUGGCACCGGAGCUGAUCCUCCGCCUUCAGCGACGGCCUGAUGCGGUGGUUGCUGCGGCGGAGGAGUUCUAUGGUUGGUGGUUGUAUGCAUUCACGGUGUUGAUCGGAAGCAUAAGAGUGUUGAAAGGAAUCAUUUGGGUCGUCACCGCCGUAUUCACCUCAACUUUUAGGAACGACGUCGUUGAAAUUUCUGACUCUGUCCCUCAGCAGUCUUCUCAUCAUCAGCUCCCGCCAUUGGAGGACGUGGUCUAA